GGAAAAUUACAUGGACCUUUAAACUUGAAUCAUGCCCUCCGAUUAUGAGAAACUACGUCUACAAAACAUUGCGGAUAACAAGAAAAUCCUAGCACAACUUGGUUUAUUGAAUCCCUUCAAACCUUUACCAAGAGUAAUCAAGAAGGCCCCAAAGCGGAAGAGGCUCCCAUCCCCUCAGAAGCCAGAGAAGAAAUUAGCACUAGAGGCUGCAGGAGAAAAUUUAGAAAACCUUGGAUCUGUCAGGGGAGUAUCUAGAAGAUCCUGUAGAAUACAAGGAAAGGCACCACUGAGUAAAGAUGAAAUCUCAGCAGCUGUUAAAGAAGAGAUUGUUCAUGAACCCCCCAGGAAGUGUCCCCCUAAGAGAGAACAUGUGUUUGGUCACAUCCCUGGUGUGGAGAUUGGUACUGUUUGGCAGUUGAGGGUCGACUGUUGCUAUGCUGGCGUACACAGACCAACAGUUGCAGGGAUCAGUGGUAAUCCUCAAGAGGGAGCAUACAGUGUUGCGCUUUCAGGUGGUUACGAAGAUGACAUAGACAUGGGGGAUUGCUUUACCUUCACAGGUUCAGGAGGACGUGAUCUGAAAGGCACCAGUAACAACCCAAAGAAUCUUCGUACAGCACCCCAAUCUAAAGACCAGACACUGGACAGGGUGAACCUUGCACUGUAUCAGAAUGUUGAGAACAAGAGGCCUGUACGUGUCAUCCGUGGCUAUAAGUUACAUAGCCCAUUCGCACCUGAGGAAGGAUACAGAUAUGAUGGACUUUAUCAAGUGGAGAAGGCUUGGUUUACCACUGGGAUGUCAGGGUUUGGCGUGUGGAAGUUCGCAUUCAGACGGUUAAAAGAUCAACCCCCUCCACCAUGGACUAUUGUUGAUACUAAAAGUGAGCCUGGAGAUGAUGUACCAGACAGCCAAGAUUCUGGGGUAGCUGACCUGAAAUCUGACCCUGGUUCCUCUAGAUCUGCCUCCCCAAGCGUAGACUCCUUAUUUGGGAGUAACAACUCCGACACACCCUCAUCACAAGGCAAUGAGGUAAAAGAUCACCUCCAAGGGGAGCUUGCUGAUCCUAAAGAUAAACCAGAAUCUUCCAGUGUUCUGACAGAACCCACAAACAAGGACGAGAAGGAAGACCCUGAAUCAAAUGAGGGAAUUGACUUAAAUAGUAAUGAGAAGUCAGCAAUUGAACCCAACGAAGAGACAAAUGGUACUUCUGAUAAAGCGGAGCUUGCUUCUAAAGAUCAAGGUUCUGAAAAGUCAGUGCAGGAAUGUGAUGGUCUCCAACUCUUUUGUGACGGCAGUUGA